CUUGAGAGUGGUUUAUUUUUUUGGCUAGGUAGCGGGGUUAUUAUUAACUGCACUUGAUCCAGACGUUCUCUUCAUUUACAUUGUCCCGUAAAGGAAGUAUGCAUAUUGAGUCAGAUUGUACGGAAUUGGUGCUUUAAAAAUCAUAGUAGAUCGCAUGUUGUGGAAAUACGUAUCUUGUCACCUAAGUUCGACAUUGUGACAGCUCAAGCUCAUCACAGUUGACCUCCUCUCAUAGCCCGACUAUAGUAACCAACAGAGCAUACUUUUCUCCUUCCUACAAGCCAGUGAUUGCACAAAGUUGGAAUUCUUAAAAAAUGGAUCCGAUAAAAGAAACCAUCGAACGUAUGCACCAGGAUCCAGGUCUGCCCUCCAAUAACCCUACUACAGCUUUCUGGCAGGAACCGGCGCAUCCAACCCUGAAAGACAUACAAUCACCAGUCCUUCCUACCAGCGUAGAUGUGGCGAUUAUUGGUAGCGGCAUUACAGGAUGCAGUGUUGCCAACACUCUACUCUCUGGUAACGAAGACCUGAAGGUCAUUAUGCUAGAGGCACGCACAGCGACAUCUGGCGCUACUGGACGCAACGGAGGUCAUAUUAAGGAAAUGCCAUUUUACGAAUACUCAGAACUCGCGGAACAGCAUGGCAAAGAGGCUGCUCAACGGCUCAUACGUUUUAGGCUGUCACAUCUAUAUGCUUUAAUGAGCUUCGCAAAGCAGCUGGGUCAGGAGGCUGUUACUAACAGUGAAAUAAGAAUAGUUGAGACCGUCGAUGCCGUCUUUGACGAGGCCCAAUGGCAGCAUAUCAAGGCAUUGUUGCGGAAUUUCUUGGAUGAUUUCCCAGAAGAGGUUGGGAAAUGGCAUGCGUAUGAGAAAGAAGAAGCGAUAGCAGGUUACGGAAUUCCAACCGCUGUGGGCGUAAUCACAGGCCUUGCUGGAGCCCUGUGGCCGUACCGACUGAUUACUGAAGCCCUGGAGGGCCUCCUAUCAUCCCACAAACAAAGAUUCAGCCUUGAAACACACACUCCUGUGCUCUCUAUAAGCACAGAAGGCUCCGAGUCCUUCCAGUACCAGGUGAUAACUAAUCGAGGCACUAUUAGAGCGAGACACGUGGUCCACUGCACUAACGGGUAUGUUGGACAUCUUCUUCCCAACCUGCGCGGCACCAUUUUUCCAAUGCGGGGACAGAUGACUGUUCAGAACCCAGGGCAGUCAUUUCCUACUAACGGAGCCCGACAGUCCUGGGGUUUCGUCUACAAGAGAGGCUUCGACUACAUGACACAAUCAGCUGUUUCGAACGAUAUUUAUCUCGGGGGUGGAUUUGCCAAUGGGGAGAAUAAAGGUCUCGACGACCUCGGCGUUUCGUCGGAUGAGCAGCUCAGUCUGCUAGCUUUGGCUCAUCUAAAUGGGCUGCUUCCUACUCUGUAUGGACCUGAAAACUGGGGUCUCGACGCCGCUCACCAGCCUAGGGUGAAAGCCGCGUGGUCUGGAAUCAUGGGUUUCAGCAGCGACGGGAUGCCAUGGGUCGGCAAGCUACCGGACGAGCUCAGCGGCCGCCACGCACAUCCAGGAGGUUCAGAAUGGAUCGCAGCCGCGUUUUGUGGCGAGGGCAUGGUCCAUUGCUGGCAAUCCGGAAGGGCCUUGGGCGAGAUGAUUCUGGGCAACGAAAGUGCUAUAGCCGAAUGGUUUCCCCGGCUUCUUUACCCAACAGUAGAACGCCUUCAGCGUGCACGAGUAGAGGACUUCAUAGCCCGAACUAUAUGAGUGCACAUAUUAGAGGAAGCAUGAAAAGAUGUCAGCUUUGGCAAACUAGGUGCAGGUGAAGGUCAAUAACAUGUGUCGUCGCUGUUGUGGUUAUUUUUGGUCUAAAGAAUAUCUGAAUAAUAAAGGAGGGAUA